AGACGAAUUACGAACCAACUCCAAACAGGCCAUGCCCUUUGGCGACAUUUGCGCAAACUAUGUAAGUGGUCUUCUCGUAUAUUGUAUUGCAGAAGAACGUCAAAUCACCAUAGAAAAGGAAAUAAACCAAUAAUAAGAAUCCUCUUUUUUCUUCCAACACAACGAAACAUUGGAUCCAAUUUGUUUGUUUCAAUUAGAUGGCGAAAUUUGAAUGCUACAGAAAGUAUCUGAUGGAACACGGAGAAGCCCAAAAACUGCACGGCAAAGAGUUCAAAAGCAAUCAAAACUAUCGCCGUCUUCUUCUCAAAGCUCAAGACCAUCCUCAAUUCAAGAAGCGACGCUUGGAAGACAUCAUUGUAGAACCCGUGCAACGCAUCAGUCGUUACUCCAUGAUGCUCAAAGACCUUUUGCGUCUGACACCAAAAUCGCAUCCAGAUUUUGAGGGCUUAACGACAGCCUACAAGAAAUCACAGGAAAUAGCUUCCAUGGCCGAUGACCAUCCUACCAAACUCGCUACCAUGUUUCUCAACAUGUACAGCAUCAUCAAAGACUCACCGUGUUCAUUGAUCAACCAAAACCGCGCGCUUAUUGCCCAUUUGGACGCCUUGGAAAUUCAUAGAACAAGCAAUCGGGUUACACGAGCUGUCACACUUUUUUUGUUCACGGACAAAAUUAUGAUUGCUAGUCGUCCUUCGAUGGAGUGCAAAGGCAGUGAUCUUUGUGCAUUGGCGGAUACGGAUAUCAUCACCUCCAAGAAAUUGGAAAGGGUCAUUCGCAAAGACUCUUGUUGGAAAUUCAAAGGUUGGGCCGAUAUAGAGCAAGUUGAAAUAUUUGGUGGCACCUCGGGUAGGUUUUGCUUUGUCGAUCUAUCCGGUUUUUUCUUUCUCAUUUUCGGAGUUUUCAUUUCUUCAUGUGGUACUUUGAUUCUACCUCUUAGCCCGACCGGCAUCUUUCCUAUUACGCGCUUCAUCCGUUCAACAACAGCAUGGGUAUGAUCCACUCUCCACCGUCACUUCCUUUGAAAAAUAUUUUCAUAAAGGCGCUCGCUUUUAUUCAGCCAUGGUGCCAAAGGAGCACUUUGGUAAACGGGAGACACAACAAACCUAUAUCCAGAAAACACGCGAUUUUAUAGCCAGUUAUC